UUAUACCAUUCAAUUCAAAUCCAGUAUAUACAUAUCCCUUAAGCACUCUGAAAUCCAAAAUGAUAUAAGAACAUUAGAUGACAUAUCAUUACUAAUCUCUUGAACAUGAAAAGAAUAGUCAUCAAUUUAAAACGCAUCAAUCUCUUGAACACAUAAUAGAAUUGAAUUAUAAUAGGUGUUAAAUUGACGAACCAUUUCGCUAACACUUUGGUCGAACGAGUUGGAGCAUUUCAGCAAGUCAUCAACGAUGAUGAGAUCGGAAUCGAAGUAUAUGAUUCGCUGAGCGGUGGCCGGAACUAGAUCGGCGAGGUACAUACGCGCGUAGUUGAGUGGUUUAUCGAGUGUGCGGCGGAUGGAGUAUGUGAACUUUCCGCGAACAAGAUUUGAAUCGAAGCGGUUGAUGUUAAGCUGAGGUAAGGAAAAGUUGAAAUGAUGAUGCGACGGAGCUCUUGACGGCGGCGGUGUGGGGUUGUGACGAAGUGGAAGGCGAUGUUUACUGGACAGGAUGCGUGUUGGAGGACGGAGAAAACGCCGGCGAUUGAUCCGCGGAGACACAACUUCCUGGGUUAAAGCUGGUUAUUAUUUUUCCAGUAAUGAAAUGGAAGCUUCGGAGAUAAAAUCAACACUUUUCACACACCUCUUAUGUGCUUUUGCUUUCAUAAAUUCCACAGACUACAGCAUCUUUAUAAAUGACUCUGAGUAUUCUAAAUUCGACUCCUUCACCACCAGAGUAAAGCUUCAAAAUCCUUCUGUUACAUCUCUUCUAUCAAUCUACACUGGAGGAGAAAAUUCUUCACUUUUUAACUCGUUGAUAAACCAAUCUUCUUAUAGAAAAUCUUUCAUUGAUUCCUCCAUCAGAACGGCAAGACGAUUUGACUUUCAAGGCAUAGACUUUUGUGGUGCAGGGCCAAAACAGGGCAAAGAUCUUGUUAAUUUCGCAACCCUUUUGAAAGAGUGGCGAAUUGCAAUAACUUCUGAGGCAAGAAACACUAAAAGAUCAGAAUUAGUGUUGGUGAUGACAGGUUAUUAUCUUAAAGCUUCAGAUUCCCUUAGUUAUCCUUUUGAAUCAAUGCAGAAGAAUUUGGAUUGGGUUCAUUUUGUUGCAUAUAAUUACUAUCUUCCUAAAAGGGACAGUGUCACACGUUUUCAUGCACCUUUAUAUGGUUCAUCUGGCUGGGAAAAUACUGAUUCAGGUAUCAAAGAGUGGAGAAAAAGAGGAUUUUCUUCUAACAAACUUGUAAUUGGUUUGCCUUAUCAUGGAUUUGCAUGGACACUUGUGAAACCAGGUGAAGGUGGUGUUGGUAGACCAACUUCUGGUCCUGCUAUUACAAUGGAUGGUUCAAUGGCUUAUAAGUUUAUAAAAAGUUACAUCAGAGGCUUUGGUGAUGGAGUAGUUUCACGUUAUAAUGACACUUUUGUGGUGAAUUAUUUCACUGUUGAAUCUACAUGGGUUAAUUUUGAUGAUGUGGAAGCUAUUAAAGAAAAAGUUUCUUAUGCAAAGAAAAAUGGAUUACUUGGUUACAGUGUGUUCCAAGUUGGGAGUGAUGACAAUUGGGUCCUUUCAACGGCAGCUCAUGAAGUAAAUAAAGAUCAUCAUAACAGAAGGUUGCUGAUAGUUGUUCUGGUUACUGCUUUGACUGCUACCUUUCUCUUGGCAAUGGUAUUUUUUUGCUACUACCACAAAGGAACAGUGAUAACUAUUACAAGAAUGGUGUACAGAUUGAGGAUACAUUUAUCAGCACCUGACGAAGAUCUCAAUGAAAAUGGUUCUGAUUUGAUAGUAUUUGAUUAUCUCACAAUAAAACUUGCAACAAGUUACUUCUCAACAGAAAAUAAGGUUGGAGAGGGUGGAUUUGGUGCAGUGUACAAGGGGAAAUUAUUCAAUGGAGUAGAAAUAGCUGUCAAACGACUCUCAAAAACCUCAAAACAAGGACUUGAAGAGUUCAAAAAUGAGAUCGCACUUACAGCAAAACUACAGCAUGUUAAUUUAGUUAGACUUUUGGGUUACUGCACAAAAAGGAACGAGAAGCUUCUAAUCUAUGAAUACCUCCCAAAUAAAAGCUUAGACCAUUUUCUCAUUGAUCCAAGGAAAUCAAUUCUUCUAGAUUGGAGGAGACGCGUGAAUAUCAUUGAAGGAAUAACUCAAGGCCUUCUUUAUCUCCAAGAGUACUCAAAUUUUACUAUAAUCCACCGAGAUAUUAAAGCUAGUAAUGUUUUGUUAGACCAUGAGAUGAAUCCUAAGAUUUCAGAUUUUGGUAUGGCUAGAAUUUUUGGAAAGUAUGAACUUGAAGCAAACACAAGCAGGAUCGUGGGAACGUAUGGGUAUGUACCUCCCGAGUAUGUCAGAAAAGGCAUAUACUCACCCAAGUACGACGUUUAUAGUUUUGGAGUUCUUCUCUUGCAAAUCAUAAGUGGAAACAAGACUUCAUGUUAUUACGGCCCACAUGAAAAUAUGAACCUUUUGGAAUAUGCAUAUGGGCUGUGGAUGGAAGGGAGAGGUGUGGAAUUUUUUGACCCUUCAUUGGAUGAUACAGCAUCAGCUUGUAAAAUCAUGAGAUGCAUGCAAGUGGCUCUUUUGUGUGUUCAAGAGAACUCAGCAGAUAGACCUUCCAUGUUAGAAGUUGAUUCACUAAUCAAGAAUGAAGGUAGGCCAAUUGGUACUCCCAACAUGCCUGCCUUUUCAAUGAACAAACAUGAAGAUGAUAAGGGAGAUACAUUUAACUCUGGGUUCAAUUUAUAUUCAAUCAAUGAUGUUACAAUUUCUCAAAUGUUACCAAGAUAAUGGUGUCGAUAAGCAUAUUUUAGCUCUUAAUGUGAUAUCUAGUUUAAGUCGUGUAACACUUCUUAGAUCAAACAGAGAAAAUUAGGUUUAAUACAUGUUAUUUUUUUAA